AUGCAUUGGCACUUCGGGUAUCUCAAGGUGGACGGGUUGUAUAUGUUGGAGCAGGCACAAGUGGAAGGUGAGAUGGCUAUCGAGUCAAACCCAUAUCCGUUCGGAUCAUCCAGCACAACUAAUUCUAGAUUCAAUCGAGAUAGACUUGGGGUGGUUGAUGCAUCGGAAAUACCCCCGACGUUCUCUGCUCCGUUUGGGCAAUUUGUUGCCCUUAUGGCUGGUGGAGACGCGGCAAUGCGAAAGGCCCAAGAAGGCGCAGAAGACGACCAUAAUGGUGGUAAACGAGAUCUGCAAAACUUGGAUCUUAAACCAGAGCUUGACUCGUUGAUCGGAAUUGCUGCUUCAGGCCGCACCCCUUAUGUGCUAUCUUGCCUAGAGUAUGCGAAGAGUCUUGGGUGCGUUACUAUUGGCAUUGCAUGUUCAGAUCCCUCAACAAUGAGUGCUUCCGGGCUAGUGGACUAUAUGAUAACUCCGGUCACUGGGCCUGAAGUCAUAACUGGGAGCACUAGAAUGAAAGCUGGCACAGCUACCAAACUAGUGCUAAAUAUGCUGAGUACUGGAAUCAUGAUUAAGAUUGGAAAAACAUAUGGCAACAUGAUGGUUGAUGUUAAGACUUCAAAUUUGAAGCUUCAACAGAGGUCAAGAAAUAUCAUCCGAAAGCUCAGUGGCUCAGCAUGCCCAUCCACAGAUCAAGAAAUAGAUGCUUUGCUUCACAAGUGUGAUGGUAGCGUUAAGCUUAGCCUUGCAACCCUUGCCCUAAAUUCGACUCCCGAAUAUGCAAAAACGAAGCUGGACGCCUCAAGUGGUAAACUUUCUGCGAUAUUGCCCAUCGAUUCGAUAUCUGCAGUGGAUAAACAUGGUUCCAAUGCUGUUGAAAUCAGCCAGUCUACCACUUCAUCCCAAAGAUACAUUCUAUAUGUAGAUGGGGGAGGUACAAAAUGUCGCGCAAUCGUUGUCAAUUCGCUAUCGCGGAAGGGCGAGGGUGAGGGAGGACCUUCUAACGUAUCCGAACUUCCCCUAGAUUUUGCAGUCUUAGCGAUCAAGCUUGCCGCAGAAAGAGCUCUUGACAAUCUGUCUUCCCUUUUGCAACUGAAGUAUCAAAUUUUGAACCUGCAGAAUGUCGAAUUCGAAGCAAUUUGGAUUGGAGUUGCUGGAUAUGAUCGGCCUCAAAUGAAAUCAGCGCUUGACUCGAAGUUGUCAUCCAUAUUCCGAUUGGCCAAGAAUGGAGUUCUAAAAGUAUCUAAUGACAUUCAAGUACUGGCAUCGGCACCUUCACUUCACCAUGACACAGUGGUCCAUCGUCCUGCAACCAACAUCGUCCUCAUUGCCGGGACUGGAAGCGUUGCAGUGAAGUAUCACCAUGACGGAUCGACCGGGGAACUGGUCCCGAGUGGGAGAUCUGGCGGAUGGGGCCAUUUACUUGGUGACGAUGGGUCUGGCUUUGACCUAGGUCGAUCUGCCAUACGAUCUACGCUCUUUGCUCUUGAUAUCCUGCGUCAUUCCUCAAAUGGGGAGCCUUCCUUGGAAAACAUCGAAGAGAUGCUAAGCCCAUUUUGUCGAAAGAUUCUCGAUCAUUUUGGUAUCUUGCAAGACACCAAUAAUAACUACGAUCUGCUCAGUGCUAUAUUGACAAAUACUUGUCCCGAAAAUCGCUACCCCAAAAACAAGAUCGCUAGUGUGGCGAGGCUAGUAUUGGACGUCUUUAAGCCUCCCCAACAGGAUCAGCAAUCAGAUGAUGAUGCCAAAGCUGGCAGUGAAGCCCACGAUAUCAUCAGCCAGGGAAUCCGAGGCCUAAUUCGCAUGCUGAAACCUCUCCUACCACAGGCAGCUGGUUCUGGAAAUUGCAAUCUGAUAUUAGGCGGUGGACUGCUUGCAGGAAAAAAUGAUGCAUACCGUUCUGAAUUGACAUCGGAGCUAGAAAAAGAUGUCUAG